GUCAGUGUUUUGUUGGUAAACUCGGGGACGUUUCCGUUGCGCGCAACCAAAGCACCAACAACGAGAGAGAGAGGAAGGAAGCAGCGUGGCUCCUCUCCUCGCCUCGCUCACGAUCAUUGUUCUCCUCACAUCAAUCAACAGCAAGAACCCGUCCCACCUCCGACGAGGACACCAGACACACCACGAAAGCGCUGAAGCGAGUCGCGUGGGCGGUUGGCAGCGGCUUCGGGUGCAUUGGGUGUGUUGUUUCGUUCCUUCAGUCUUUCAGUUGAAGCGUAUCAGUUCAGUUGAAUCCUCCUCCUCUUCCUACUCUCUCGCUCUCUCUCCUUCUCUUUGAGCGUGCGCGUUGUCUUCUCGCUUGCUCGCUGUCGUGUUCUCCUCUUCUGUUGCAUUUCACGGCAAACAAGCCAGCAAGCCGAAAGGGAAGGGAGGAAAGAUGAAUAUGUUGAGGACACGGUUUGGGUCGACCCUGCUUGCCGUCGUGCUUGCAGGCAUGAUCGGCCUCGUGGUCAUCAUGCUGCAAGUUCACACGGGCAGCGACAGGGGUUCCAGCAGCAGCAGCAGCUCGCACCAGUAUGGCGUUCACGCAGGCGCGACCGGAGGAGGUGGCCGGGCCCGUCGCGACAUCCGCGGCACGACGCUCAAGUCCAUUCACCAAACGCUGCUGCAUGAACGCACCAGCAACGAGGCCAUGUAUGACUACGACUUUACGUGGAGCAUUUUCAUCACCCCUCAAGGAUUCUCGGGCCUGCCCAAUCGCUUGCAGCGACGCGCCAUUGAGUCUUGGAUCCGGCUCAAGCCCCGCCCAAAGGUCGUGCUUGUCGGCCAAGGCGAAGGCUACGAGGAGGUCGCCAAGGAUUACGAUGCCAUCAUCAACCCGCACUUGGACAUGAACUUUGUCAUGAUGCCGCUCGCCGGCAGCCUGAUCGACACGGCAAUGAAUGCCGACACUGAUGUGAGUGUGAUCCUGAACAGUGACAUUUUGUUGACCCAAUCGUUUCCGGAUGCCGUGGCCAAGCUGCGCACGCACUUCGACGACUGGUUCCUUGCCGGAGCACGGUAUGACAUUGAUGACUUGCCGAGCAUAUAUGAACCUUCACGCAAGGACUUCAACGAGGCAGCCUUUGUUGCCUACACCAAAACGAAAGGCGUCCUGCACACCGCUGGCGGCCAGGAUUACUUUGCAUGGAACAACAACGGAAAGAAGCUGUUUCAUGGCGUUAUGCCGCCUUUUAUUCGCGGCAAAAGCAAAUUCGACAACUGGUUCGUUCACGAGGUGAUCCAAGCUGGAUACCGGGACGUCAUUGAUGGAACAGAGGCUGUCACCGCUGUCCACGUCAACCACAACUACAAAAGUGCCGAGGGGGCGGUAUCCAAGAUGGCGACCGGUGGCAGCGCCACGUUCUGGAUGAAGUCCAAGACAACCGACUGGCAGAUCUUCCACAACAACCACCUUGCCAUCUACUACGGCAGUUACCGCAACCAGGACGGCACAACCGUGCACGCGCCGUGGAAGCUUGCAGCGUGCAUGGAGCCCUCUGGCAUGUGCCUGAUGAAGCGCGUGCGUCCAGGCAUCUGCCCGUGCGAGCACAACGCGUUUGCAAUCACAACACAGAAUGACCCGCAGGUGGCCAACGUGUUCGAGAACGACGUGCGCAAGAACAUUGUCAAGUGCGGCAGCGUCUCUGUGGACAAGACAGACGCCUACACCAUCCCGGUCACCACGCCACCGGGGCACGAGCCGCGUUAUGGUCUGCCCUUUACACUCAAGGACCUGCUGCCCAUUGUCGCGCGAAACAAACACGUCAUCCUCUCCGGUGUCAGCUACAUUUAUCGCGAUGUGGUGAUGAACUUUGUGUGCAACCUUCGUCGGCUUGGCAUCUACGAUCAGCUCAUACUUGCCGCCUUUGACGAGGAAAUGUACAGGUUUGGAUUCCGCAUGGGUCUGCCCAUCUUCUACUAUCAGAGCGACGACCUUGCUGGUCUCUCGUCUCGCGAUCUUGAGUACGGAAGCGACGCCUUCAAGAAGGUGACCAAGCUCAAGUCACAAGUUGUGCUCCAAAUCUUGCAAAUGGGAUAUGAUGUCACCUGGACAGAUACGGACAUUGUCUGGUUUGAGGACCCGAUUCCAAAGCUGAUGGCCAUGGAGUCUGACUUUGUUGUGCAGAGCAACGCCCCCUUCCCGGACGAGCGUGUGGCCAAUGGCCCUCUUCGCAUCAACUCCGGGUUUUAUCGCGUCCGCUCCACACCAGUCACCAUCGCCGCAAUGCAGCAGAUUGUUGCGCAUGCUGCCUCGAGCACCAUGACAGAGCAGCCCUCCUUCUACAUCGUCCUGUGUGGCGGGAAGGAAGGCACAACCACUGUCGGCGAUAACAAGUGCCACUACCGACCCCCGCCAGACCUCAUCCCACACGACCAAGGCAAUGCACUGCUUGAAGUUGAGUUCCUUGACCGGCGGCAGUAUCCAAACGGCAACGUGGGCGGCUAUUGGAACAGCGACAACAUCCACGUGCGCCACCCGCAGAUUGUUAUUCUGCACAACAACUGGAUCAAGGGAUUGCGCGCCAAGAUUGAACGGCUUGUGCUGCGCGGGCUGUGGUACUACGACAGGGACAGGGAGAUUUGUAACUAUGACGACACGCCGCAGUUCACGUUCAACUGGUCGGUCGAUGUUGAGGAUGCGUGAACUGUUGGUGUGUGUGUGUGUGUGUGUGUG